CAGGAUGCUGGUAUAAAGGGGUGUAAAGGACCUGGAUGCAGCUCCGAAGUUCUGAGAUUCUCUCAUCUACCAGCUCUCACAUAUAUACCGUGGACAAUCUGAGCGUUACCUAUGAUUGUAAACCUUUCAGUCAACAAUAAUUAUCUUCAUAGUAGGUGCUGCAAUAUGUUGCAUGUCUGAAUUUUCAGCUGAUAUAACGAGUGAAUAGUCAGAAUGAAACUAAAUCCACUCCUUGCGGUAUUGUCUGCGGCAGCAAUCGGAUUCUUCAUCGGCGUUUCUUUUCCUGUACAAAUCACACCAAAGGUGAAUCCCUUCAGCUUUGGUGAUGGGAACUGCACCUUCGUUGCCAGCUACCUACUUGGCAGAUUCUCGACGCCGAUCAGAAACGACACUUCUACUGUGGACAGGACUCCACUCCUGCAGUCAAAUGCUAGUUCAGAGAAGUUUGUUGCACCGGCAAAGCCGCCGAAAGGCGCGGAGAGGCUACCACCAAACGUCGUAGUUGGAGAGUCUGAUCUUCACAUGCGCCGGCUGUGGGGACACCCGCGUGAGGACACCCCCACUCGCAAGUACCUUUUGGUGCUGACAGUUGGUUACAGUGACAAGGUCAACGUUAACGCCACUGUUCACAAGUUCUCUGAAAAUUUUGACGUGUUGCUGUUCCACUAUGACGGGCACACGACGGAGUGGGACGAAUUCGAGUGGUCCAAGCAGGCCGUCCAUGUCAGCGCCAGGAAGCAGGCCAAGUGGUGGUACGCCAAGAGGUUCAUGCACCCAAGCAUCGUGGCGCCGUAUGAGUACAUCUUCAUCUGGGACCAGGACCUCGGCUCCGAGACCUUCGACGCGGAGGAGUACAUCAAGAUUGUGAGGAAGCACGGGCUGGAGAUCUCGCAGCCGGGCAUGGACAUCACCCGGGGGGUGAAGACCUACGACAUCAACGUCAGGAGGAACGACACCGAGAUACACACGCAAGUGUUUCCUUUUAUUAACUAGCUAGCUAGCUAGCCACAAGUACUGGUAUCUAUCUUAAUUAUGCUCCAGUUUGCUAAUAUACGAAGCAUUGAUUCUAUGCACAGGUCGACGUCUGCCGGCAAGUGCAGUGACGACGUGCACAAGCGGCCGUGCAGCGCGUUCGUGGAGGUGAACGCGCCCGUCUUCACGAGGGAGGCAUGGGCGUGCGUCUGGCACAUGAUCCAGAACGACCUCGUCCAUGGCUGGGGUCUCGAUUGGAACUUCUGGAGAUGCGUCGACGAGCCUGAGAAGCAGAUCGGCAUCGUGGACGCGCAGUACGUGGCGCAUCACCGGGGGUUUACGCUGGGGAACCCGGGCAACGAAACCUUGGAUGGAAGCCGCCGCAAGGUGCGGCUCCGGGCGUCGGCGGAGUUCGGCAUGUUCAAAGCAAGAUUGCACAACGCGGACAAGGCCCAGGCAGCAGCUCUUCUUGCCCAAUCGGAUGCAGCCCCGCGCGAUCAGAGUCAUCGUUAGGGAGAGAUGUGAUUGAGUUACACAUAUAUGCCCCUAAAUAAUUAUUGACGUCGGCUAGGGUGCAAAUUAAUUGGUGAUCCUUAAAUGCACCUUCAACUUUUUUUAUAUACUAUUUUUU